CACAGUGGGGGAUCUUCCUUGGGGUUUCUGAGAGGAGCAAGGCUUGGGUGCUAUGGAGUGUAGCUGACCAGCGUGUGAUGGAGAGCCGUGAUGUGAUUUUCCAUGAGGGGCUGAAUUAUAAGGGGUGGAAGGAGCGUGGUGCAAGCCAUAGUGGGACUUCCAAUCAAGACCCUCAUACGGCCUCUAUCUUUGAGGGGGCAUGGGAGGACCCUGGAGAUGAAGGGGAGGAGCAGCAGGAGGAGCCAGAACCAGCUGAUUCUAACCAUGAGGAGUCCCGAGAGACAGAUUCUACCCCUCAGCCAGCCACGCAGGCCGAUGUGCAUGAUGAUCAGCCAGAGCAGCAUGUGCCUUCAACUCCAUCGAGAAGCAGUUGGCAGCAGUUGUUGAACCAGCAGCUGUCCAAGACUCCAAGGACUCCAAUGAAGAGGGUGACUUGGGAGGAGAAGCUGCAGAGGCUGGAAGAAGGAGAGGCAACACCUCUGCGACGCAGUGCUCGAAUUUCCCAGCCACCUGAAAGAGGCCAACCCCGUGCGUACUCCUCUGCCGACAGGCUUUGAUGUGCAUGCCUAUGAGGAUGAACCUUUGCUGCGAGAUGAGCUGGUCAAGCUCUACCAAAGCAUUGUGGGAUCCCUCAUGUAUGCUUGUACUACCACACAGCCGCAGAUUGCAUUCGCAGUCUCACAGCUAUCUAAGGUCGCCUCUUGUCCUAAAAUGUUCCACUUGCAGGCCGCUAAGAGAGUGCUGAGGUACCUGAAAGGUGGUGUCAAGUCAGGUAUCUUCUUCCAAACACAGCCCCAAUCUCAGGUCCAGCUGGUUGGCUUCAGUGAUGCCGACUAUGCUGGAGAUUCCGCAAGUCGCAAGAGUCACAGUGGGUAUGUGUUUUGCCUGAAUGGG